AUGGAACUUGUGGAUUAUAUCCUCCUUGUGUUUUUCAUGGUUGGUAUAACUGGCUACGGUCUGUGCAAAUCACGAGAGCCACCGAAUAUUGCGCCCAGCACGCAGGCCACCAUAUUUGGUUCUGGGAUUUCUGUAAUCACAGGAGCUCUCAGUUUGUGCUCGGGAUUCAUCAGCUCCAUUUCGUUAUUAGGGUUCCCGGCGGAGAUUUACUAUCAAGGAAGCAUGAUGUUAUGGUAUAUCCCAAUGUACUGUAUCUCGUUUCCUAUUGUUGCGUAUGUAUUCAUUCCUGUGUUUUACAAUGCUAAACUUAUCACGGCGUAUCAGUACUUUGAGAAUCGUUUCAACUUUUCAUGCAGGAUGAUCACAACACUUCUUUUCGUCCUACAGAUGCUUCUGUACAACGCCGUCGCUCUCUAUGCACCAUCUCUUGCCAUCGCUUCCCUCACCGACAUUCCAAUUGGGGUCUCAAUAUGUAUUACUUCUUUGCUGUCAGCCGUGUAUAUCAGCUUGGGUGGUGCCAAAGCCGGAAUCCACACCUCUGCUGUUCAAAUGCUGGUCAUUUUCGUUGCCAUGUCAGCUAUCAUUGUGAUCUCUCUUAAACAGAUUGGAAUUUCCAAAGCGUACAGUAAUGUGAUCAGUGGAAAGAGGCUCAUCCUCAACGACUUCCGGCUCAACCCAACGAUUCGACACUCGGCAUGGAGUCUAUUAAUAGGAGGGUGUGGAAACAUCAUCGCGUUGUUUGGAGCUAAUCAAAUAUCAAUUCAGAAAUACAUGGCAAUGCCAACCUUGAAAUCUGCACAAAGAACGGCAAUGCUCAACAUCAUCUGCAACACAAUCAUUCUUGUACUGUACGUCACCGUUGGACUUCUUAUGUACGCCCACUAUCAAGCUUGUGAUCCGAGACUUUCCAAUAAAAACGACAUUUUCUCAAGAUUUGUAAUAGAUGUGAUGCCAAAGGGGAAAGGAGCAGUUGGCUUGAUUGCUGCUGCGAUCUACAGUGCUGGUAUUAGUACUCUCUCCGCCACUUUCACUUCCAUCUCGUCUAUUAUCAUCAACGAUGUGUGGGGCGUCAUUAGAGAACGACAUAAAAUGCCUGCUCUGGAAUACCAACAAAUUAAAAACGCAAUGAGGGUUUUGCCUAUUUUUCUUUCUUUUGUUUCAAUUGGCUUGGCGUUUGGAUGUGCGCAGUUCAAAGGAAUUAUUCUUCAGGCUAGCUUUAUAGUGUUUGGAGCCAUUGGCGGCCCAGUCCUCGGUUCUUUUGUUGUUGGAAUGUUCAUUCCACGAGUAAAAGGAGCGGCAGCAGUAGUUGGACUAUUAUCGUCGGUGAUGAUAAGCUUUGGAGUCUCUGUUGGAGCCACGAUUCUAAAAGUUAGACCAGUUUCACUAGAACUUGGUCAAUGCUCUAACCAGACCAACACGGUUUUCAAUGAGGGUCUAAUUGGAACCGUUACUUCGACACCAUUACUAUAUGGUAUCGAUCGAAUUUUUGCCGUAUCCUAUCAAUACUACAGUGUAAUCGCAGUAAUCACUAAUGUGGUUGUGUCCUUCAUUGUGCAGAUCAUUUUGGACUGGUGCUCUCGACCAACUGACACCCCUACUCGACAAAUGGCUCCACUGGAACUCACGUCGUCUUUGCUCCUCGACGAGCAACAUGACCCGAUGAAGCCGAGAGAGGACACACUUGCCUAG